AUGUCUUUCCCGGCAAGGUCCCUUCAACCGCACAUCCGGCAAGCCUCGACGGCGGGCUCGGCGUCGUCUGCAGGGCAGUCUCCUGCGUUGGUGGCACGGGUCAACGAGAAGAAGGCCGAACUUGAGAAUCUCCGCGAGUUACGCGACCUGAGUGCUGCAGUCGCGUCGCAGAUGGAGGCAUUGGAGCAAAAGCUGGCCACGCUAUCUGACGGAACCGAAGCGAUUGCUCUUGUCAUGGGCAAUUGGCACAACGUUCUCCGCGCGAUCAACAUGGCUUCCUCCAAAUUGCCGAAGCCGCAGAAUGAUACUGAGGCGGCUGCAGCUUUGCCCCAGACUUUGGUUCGCAUUCCAACAGAGCAUGCACCCACAUUGCAGGCUCAGGCCGAGGCCGCCGAGGAAGCAAACGAGUGA